UUCGGUUGGUAAAUAGUGGAUCGAGCUAGGGAAGACGCUCGCGAUCGGGACUUUGGCGUAAACUCUGACUUCCGCUGAGCACGAGCAUGUCGGCGCGCGGCGCGACCCUGCAGGCGCAGGUGGAGUCGGUGCUCGGGACGCUGGUCCGCGCGGCCACGCUGGAGCUGAUCAAGCUGUUCGAGAGCAGGUACCGAGCCUCGGCCGCGGACGGGGGCCUGGCCGAGGACAAUACGCAGAGCGAGGCGUGGGGGCCGCCGCUGGGGGGGCCGCUGGGGGGGCUGUGGAGCGGGGACGCCAAGCGAAACAUCGGGAUCCAAGUGGAGGAGGACAUCCCCCCCCUGUCGGAGCUCCCCGAUCCUACUUUCCUCUGCGAUGGUGGUUGUCUGAAAGAGCCCGGGGGGGUGGAGGUGGUGGGGCUGACUCCCCCAGAGCUCCUGCUGGACGACGAUGAAGGCCCUGUUGACCCCGACUGGUCACCUUUAAAGGAACAGCCGGUGGAGUCCAGGAACCUUGAAGCUCCGGCUGAUAAGAGAGCUCCGACGGAAGAUACUUUACACGAGACGAAGUCCGAGGAUUCCGCGCAGAGCCCGAACGCCUCCGAGAAGCCUCUGGUCAUCGUCCCCGGCGACGGCGCCUUCGGGGAGGACGUGAAGUUCGUCUGCCCGCUCAUCCUGAAGUCGGAGUCGCCCGAGAAGCCGGUUGAGGCCGAGCCGCGGCCGGCCUGCGCGGGCACGGCCGAGGGCACGGCCUACAGCCCCUCCCCCUCCGACGGCGCCGCCACGCCCACGCGGGGCGCCGCCUGGGGGCGGGUGGCCGCCGCCGACCUCCUCCAGGCCAAGCUGAAGCUGGCCUCGCUGGACCUGAAGCUGCUGCGGCCGUGCGCCGUGCGGCUGGUGGACGUGCUGGCCGCCCGGCCGGGUCAGAGGUCGCCGCGGCCCCUCCCCAAAGACCUGCGCCGCCACCAGGGCCCGCACACGGGCCGGCGCCUUUGCUGCUUCGCGCCGGGCGGCGACGGGGUGUGGCGGCUCCAGACGGCGGCGGCGGCAGUGGACGGCGCCCCCUCCCGCGCCAGCGGCGGCGGCGGCUACUCCUGCGGCGUGUGCGGGAAGGGCUUCAGGCGCCGGAAGGUGCUGCGGCGCCACGAGCGCUUCCACACGGGGGAGAAGCCCUACGCCUGCGCCACCUGCUCCAAGACCUUCGCCCUGAGGAAGAGCCUCCGCCGCCACCAGCGCUUCCACACGGGCGAGCGGCCGCACGCCUGCGCGCAGUGCGGCAAGAGCUUCCGGCUGCGCGACAACCUGAGGGCGCACCUCAGGUUCCACACGGGGGAGAAGCCCUACCGCUGCCCCACCUGCAGCAAGACCUUCCGCAUCCUGAGGAACAUGGAGAAGCACAGCCUGAGCCAGUGCGGCUUCUUCGUCCCCUCCUUCAGAACCAUCGCCGGCCUGUGA